GGGUACUGGAAUUGGUACUAAGGAGGGGUGCGUCCCAAAGGGGGCGCCCUGGAAGACGCCCCACGGGGUGCAGAGCCGAGUACACUUUUCGAAGCAGUCCCCGUUCUGCAGGGAUCCCGGCGAUUCCAGUCCCCCGAGGCCCGGCGGUGGCCUCUCCUCUCACCGCCCACCCCGGGUCGCCCGGCGCAGGGCUCCGCAGGGCGGGACGCGGAUCCGCCGACAGCCCUCCGGCUGCAACCCUCCGUGGAGCGGAGAUGUGGGACAUAUGGAUUUGGGAUAUGAAUUCAUUUGAAAAACCACUGUGGGGGUAUGAAUGUGAUUUCUGAUGAAACUGGAUUGGAAUAAUUUUGAUGAUCUUUGUAUAUUUAUAUAUAUAUUUUAAAAUUUUGCAUUUGACUUAAAGUGCCAUGAGAAAAUUUGCAUACUGCAAGGUGGUUCUAGCCACCUCCUUGAUUUGGGUACUCUUGGAUAUGUUCCUGCUGCUUUACUUCAGUGAAUGCAACAAAUGUGAUGAAAAAAAAGAGAGAGGACUUCCUGCUGGGGAUGUUCUAGAGCCAGUACAAAAGCCUCACGAAGGUCCUGGAGAAAUGGGGAAACCAGUCGUUAUUCCUAAAGAGGAUCAAGAAAAGAUGAAGGAGAUGUUUAAAAUCAAUCAGUUCAAUUUAAUGGCAAGUGAGAUGAUUGCACUCAACAGAUCUUUACCAGAUGUUAGGCUAGAAGGGUGUAAAACAAAGGUGUAUCCAGAUAAUCUUCCUACAACAAGUGUGGUGAUUGUUUUCCACAAUGAGGCUUGGAGCACACUUCUACGAACUGUUCAUAGUGUCAUUAAUCGCUCACCAAGACACAUGAUAGAAGAAAUUGUUCUAGUAGAUGAUGCCAGUGAAAGAGAUUUUUUGAAAAGACCCCUAGAGAGUUAUGUGAAAAAAUUAAAAGUCCCAGUUCAUGUAAUUCGAAUGGAACAACGUUCUGGACUGAUCAGAGCUAGGUUAAAAGGAGCUGCUGUGUCAAAAGGCCAAGUGAUCACCUUUUUGGAUGCUCAUUGUGAGUGCACAGUGGGGUGGCUGGAGCCUCUCUUAGCCAGGAUCAAACAUGACAGGAGAACAGUAGUCUGCCCUAUAAUUGAUGUUAUCAGCGAUGAUACUUUUGAAUACAUGGCAGGCUCUGAUAUGACCUAUGGUGGGUUCAACUGGAAGCUCAAUUUUCGCUGGUAUCCUGUUCCCCAAAGAGAAAUGGAUAGAAGGAAAGGUGAUCGAACUCUUCCUGUCAGAACACCUACAAUGGCAGGAGGCCUUUUUUCAAUAGACAGAGAUUACUUUCAGGAAAUUGGCACAUAUGAUGCUGGAAUGGAUAUUUGGGGAGGAGAAAACCUAGAAAUUUCCUUUAGGAUUUGGCAGUGUGGAGGAACUUUGGAAAUUGUUACAUGCUCACAUGUUGGACAUGUGUUUCGGAAAGCUACACCUUACACGUUUCCAGGAGGCACGGGGCAGAUUAUCAAUAAAAAUAACAGACGACUUGCAGAAGUGUGGAUGGAUGAAUUCAAGAAUUUUUUCUAUAUAAUCUCUCCAGGUGUUACAAAGGUAGAUUAUGGAGAUAUAUCAUCGAGACUUGGUCUGAGACACAAGCUACAGUGCAAACCUUUCUCUUGGUACCUAGAGAAUAUUUAUCCUGAUUCUCAAAUUCCAUGUCACUAUUUCUCAUUGGGAGAGAUUCGAAAUGUAGAAACAAAUCAGUGUCUUGAUAACAUGGCCAGAAAAGAGAAUGAAAAAGUUGGAAUUUUUAAUUGUCAUGGUAUGGGAGGUAAUCAGGUUUUCUCGUAUACUGCCAACAAAGAAAUUCGAACAGAUGACCUUUGCUUGGAUGUUUCCAAACUGCAUGGCCCAGUCACGAUGCUCAAAUGCCACCACCUCAAAGGCAACCAGCUCUGGGAGUAUGACCCAGUGAAGUUAACCUUACGGCAUGUGAACAGUAAUCAGUGCCUGGACAAAGCCACCGAAGAGGAUAGCCAGGUGCCCAGCAUUAGAGACUGCAGUGGAAGCCGGUCACAGCAGUGGCUUCUUCGAAACGUCACACUUCCAGAAAUAUUCUGAGACCAAAUUUACAAAAAAAGAAAAAAUAAUGAGACUGGGCUACCUCAGCAUACAUUUCUGCCACACUCUUCAAGUAGCAAAAAAAAAAAAAAAGGAAAAGUGCUUUCCUCUUCUGCAGGAUGUAAGGUUUACCAGCCAUUAAAACUUAGACUCUUCUAGCUUUUCACUAGCUGUGAACCAGCCUUCCUGUCCAAGGACGUGAAACUGCAUAGUAGUGAGACUGUGCACACUGAUGUUUACAAGGGUGAAAGAAUCUUUCAUCAAGAGUCAUGGUAAAUAUUCAGACAGUGAAACAGGCAACAAAAUGCUUUCCGGAGAGCUACACCUUUUAUGGUUUGCUUGCACAACAGUAAUUUCUACUGACCGUGCUGUCACAUUGAAGAGAUUUCCAAGAUUUUUUUUCCUGAUUAGAACUGGUAGCCAGUAUAUUAAAUAUUGAUAUAAAAAUAAAUGAAAAUGAACUGGAACCGGAUUCAGAAUCAUGAAAACAUUUUUACAACAAUAAAAAAACUAUAUUAAACAGGGUUUAAAGGAAAUUAAAACAGAACUAUGAGAAGUACAAUUUGUUAUAGUAUAGUAUCAAAUUUCUAUAUAGAUUUUAUACCUCAGUGGGGAAAAAUAACUGAUUAUAAUGACAUUCAUUUUGUUUUCAUCUGUGAUAGUCAUGGAUGCUUUUAUUUUCCUUGGGGUGCUGAAAUUGAGCUUAAAAAAAUAGCUCUUUGAAUAUAGUUUUAAUUUCUUUCUACAGUGUUUUUUUAUUUGGUUUGUGGGCUGUUGGAAUUGUAAUUUUUAAUUGCCUUCUAAAAAAUGAAGAUUUAACAUAAUAUCUAGUCUCAGCCAAACAAAUUAGGUCUCUCAGUUGCUCUUGGGUCAGCUGGCUUACACACACACACACACACACACACACUCAUGCACAUGCACAUACACACAUGGAAAUUUCUUAACAUUUUCAACUUCUUAGCUUGAUUCAACAGAUUAUACUUAAUACCCAAGUUUCAUACUACUGUACUACAGAUUUGUUUUCACAGCAAUAAGUGUUAAGUUCUUUAUGAUUCCACUUAACAAAGGCCUACAGAAGCGAUACAUAAUUUGGGUAUUAGGAGAUAAUAUAUUUGAUGAGUUUUUUUGGAAAACCUUUUCCACUCCAUACUCAAAUGUACUUCAUUGUCAAGUGCAUAUUUAGAUCAGAUUCUUCAAUUGUAAUGUCGAUCUGCUUUUUUAAAAUAAAAUUUUCCUGAUAAUGUUCAAUUGGCAUUUUUUAAUGAGUUAGCAGAAGAAGUGCAGCUAUUAUUCCAUAUAGCUAGUCCUGCAUUUUUUCCCUAAAUUCCAUUUAUGUAAAAUUGAUUUUUCCCUGAUUUUAGUACCACAAAAAUACCUGAGUAUCAAUUAAAAGUUAAUUUUUAAUCUCAUAGAAAAUCUCACUUUUUUCAUGAUAUGUAAAGCAAUCCAUUGGUAAAACUGCAUAUAUUUUUCUUCCAUUUGUAAGAUUCUAUUUAAUGGUAUUUGUUUCUUUGAUUAUCAAAGACUUCACUGCAGGCAGUGCUAUUUCUUGUGUCUAAGAAUGUUUCUGAAAGUCACAUCACCAAUGAUACUUGCCAGGCUGAGAGUACACAAAUUUGCUCCUAUCCUAUUCAAGUUAGUCAACAUCAAGCACAUAUGGAUGCUUCAGGGUAACGCUCUAGGACAGAAUGCGUAAACCGUGUCCCUAGCAACUUUGAAAUGAAGUAGGUGGGUGCUGGGUGGAAUUUUUUCUUAUUCCAUGAGCUGUGUGUGAAUUCUAUCUUCAGUAGGCCUAAUGCUUGAAUAAAUCAGAUGUCUAAUCAAUAAAUUAUUUUCAUGCUCAGAA